UCGGCAUCUUCCGCACACUCUAAACCGCCCACGUAGCUUUGGUUGUCGUCGUCUUCACCACCAACACGUUCCGGCUCACAAUUGCAAGAUGGAUCCCUACUCGGCAGAAGGCGAGCUGAUCAACAUUCACAACCACUUUCACCAAGGCCAAUACCAGGAAGUGGUCGAUUUCGACACCUCCUCCCUCUCCCCCGAGAACUCGCUCCCUGCCCGGGUGCUCCAGCUCCGCGCCCGCAUCGCCCUCGGCCAGGCAGAGGAUGUUGUCGCCGACGUGCAGGGAGAGGAUGAGCCCGAGCUCGCAGCCGUAGGCGCCCUGGCCGAGCUCAGCCUGGGCAAGACGGACUCGGCCGUCCGGACGGUCGAGAAGCUCGCCGCCUCCUCCGCAGACAACGCCGUCGUGCAGGCCGUCGGAGGCGCCGUUCUACAAGCGGCCGGGAAGUCGGAGGAGGCGCUGGCAUUGCUUUCGCAGCACCAGGGGAACCUCGAGGCUGUCGCAUUGAUCGCCCAGAUCCAUCUACAGCAGAACCGCAACGACCUCGCCCUGAAGGAGGUUGCCUCUGCACGGAGGUGGGCCCAAGACAGUCUACUGGUGAACUUGGCAGAGGCCUGGCUUGGCUUGAGGCUGGGAGGCGAAAAAUACCAGCAGGCUUUCUACGUAUUCGAAGAGCUGGCACAAGCACCAUCAACCUCGUCGGUGCGAAGUCUUGUGUCGCAAGCAGUUGCAGAGGUACACCUUGGACGGACAGAGGAGGCACAGGCUGCACUGGACCAGGCGAUAAAGAAGGAGCCAGAGUUUGCUGAGGCCAUUGCCAAUCUGCUUGUCUUGACAGUCAUUACUGGCAAGGACCCUACGGAGCUCGCGAGUUCGCUUGCAAAGGUUGAUUCGCAACAUCCUCUCUUGGUGGAUUUGGCAGAGAAGAGUGAUUUAUUUGACAAGGCAGCCUCAAAAUACAAGGCAAAAGUUGCGGCUUGAGUGGCAGUGCUUGUACAGCCGUAACCGGGAUAGAUAGAUGUCAUAUGUCCUUGGAGGCCCAUGGUGCAAGUGAUAUGACAGGUUGGGGUCUGGCUCAGGAAAAAGAAGUAUCCCGGUUUCCAAUGCGGGUUAGAAUCGGUCUGCAGGCACAAUAUCAUGACGAUAUAUUCACAGU